GGGUGGAGAGGGGACAGGGGCUUGGGGAGGAAGGACCCUGUUCCUGUAUGAAGGGGACAGAUUUGGGAAGUCCACUGGAGUGGGGGCUCAUCCUGCCGAGCAGGGCGGAGGGUGGGACCGAGCAGAGGCCGCCUGGGGGGGACUACCGGCUGAGGAACAGUGGGGAGUCAGAAGACUAGAACAUUCCUGGCAGAAGCGUGGGGGUGGGGGAUGAUGGGGUCCUUGGACGCCGGCUGGUCACCCGGCACCGUGGAGUCGGGGAGCGUGGACAGGGAUGGAUGUGAAACUUACGCUUAAUGGGUAUCUGAGGCAAAAGGAGGAAACUGCAAUAUUUGGAUAUGGAAAGCAUUUUGCAGGCAAAGAAAUGAUUUGCGAUGUGUGGUGUGCAGAGGUGAGGGCUCAGCCGGGCUGCAGGGGCUCCAGAGUCCUUCUGCGGGAGAGGGGGGCGCCGGUGAAGACUCUCCACAGAGGGAGAUUUACUUCAGCCUCACUUUGGACCGUGUGGAGCCUGCCUGCUGCAACCCAGCUUGACCUCAACGCCACACUGCUCAACGUCAGCCUAAAAUUGCCAGCCAAGCCCACCAUUUCAGUCAGCCCAGGCAUUGUCACAGAGAAAGCGGAAAAGGUGACCUUCCAAUGUGACACUAAAGACAUCAACCCUGACAUCUACUGGGUCUUCGGCAAUCGCCCGCUGGUGUUGCACGAGCGCAUUCACCUGUCCCCAGACGGCAGGGAGCUCACCAUCUUCCCUGUCUUGCGGGGGGACGCCGGGAGUUACCAGUGUGAAGUUUGGGAUGUCCAGGGGUCCCAGAGCAGCAAUCCCACCUACCUGGUCGUGAACUAUGGGCCUGACCCCUUUGACAUCAAAGUGGAGCCCAGUGCACCCAGCGGAGAGGUGGUAAAGGUGAUAGAGGGCUCCAACGUGACCUUCUCAGCGGAAGCGUGGUCUUAUCCAGCCCCAACCUAUUCCUGGUUUCUCCCCAACGAUUCCGCCCCAUCUUUCACUGUGAGAACAUUCCGCAUCCACGCCGUGUCCAGAGAACAGGAGGGCACGUACAGGUGCUGGGCGAACAACAGUGCCACCCAGCUGUCCCGCCUGGCUGCUCUUAGAGUCCAAGUCCUUGAACACACGACCAAGCCUCUCCUCAUGACCCCAAGCCUGAGUGUCGUGGAGAAUGCCGACACCGUGCCUCUGACCUGCCAGACCAUCCAUGAGGGGGCUCUGGUCCAGUGGUUACUGAGGGGCCAGCCCCUCCUGCCCAGCGAGCACCUGGUGCUGUCUGCUGACAACAGGACCCUGCUCAUCCACCCCCUCUGGCGGAACGACACGGGGCCCUAUGAGUGUGAGGUCUGGCACGGGGGCGGCUGGACCCGAAGCGACCCUCUCAGGCUGACCAUCCACUAUGGCCCUGACCACGUGAACAUCACCAGGGGGUCACAGCCCGGGGCGGUCACCCACGUCCAGGCGGAGCUCAACUCCAAUCUGACCUUGCAGUGCUGGGCCAAGUCCCAGCCAGACGCUGAGUAUUGCUGGACCCUGGAACACUCCACCGUGGUGUAUGUGGGGGAGAAGCUGGUCAUCGAGGCCCUGACCUGGGAACACCAGGGGACCUACAACUGCACAGCCCACAACCCUCAGACCCACCUGGCCCACUCCACCUCGGUCCUGGUCAGCGUGGUAGGUCCCCAGUCGCCGCCGUCUGCCGGGUCCAUUGCUGGCAUUACCAUUGGGGUCCUGGCAGUCAUCGCCCUGAGCGUAGGCCUGGGCUAUUUCCUUUACACCAGAAAUGCCAGAUGGCCCUCCAGGAAAACAGCAGAGGACCCCAUCCAUGAGGUCACCACACCUACCUCCAAGGAGGAGCACCCUGCCCAGCCCAGCUCUGACUGGCCAAGGUCCGUGUAUGACAAUAUAGACCUCAAACUUCAAGGCCAGGUCAAAGUCAAAAAGAUGCUGCCUCAAGAGCCCCCAGAGCACUUCUAUGAGAUGAAGCCGCCUUCUGCAACCCCUGGGGGCUAUUCUCAUGGCUCCAGGAAGCCAUCGCCUCAACUUGCGUUGCAUCCAUUGGUCUCCACUCUACCACAAGGAAACACAGAGUACGUCUAUGAGGUGCUUGAGAAUCCAGAAUGCAGCAUUUACUGCCAAAUGAAGCCGUCAGCGUAAUGGAAGUGAAGACCCUUUUUUCAGAAAUCCUAGAGAAACCAUGCUCAAUCAUAUGCUCAAUGACAUUUAUUGGAUGCAUAUUAUAUUCCAGCCACUCUCUUUGUAAGCUUUGUGACAUUCUGUCUCAAUGGGUUGCUCGGGCUCUGGACCCUAGAUUCUACUAAAUCUUAGGCUUUCGACUCAUAUUUCUUUAAAGACAACAGAAACAGGGGAAAAGUAACCUAGAAUUAGAGGGCCAAUGUUUGAGACCUAGCAGCUAGAAUGGCUGUAGCUGUAUCAUAGGAACAGGCAAACACCACCGAUGGACACAGCAUUCAGAGAGAAGUGUGGGAGUCAGCCAAAGAUCUUAGGCUUUUAAUGGUGUUUUGAAAAUAGCAGCCAAAUGCAACCCAACAUGAAAGGGGAUAUCUGCUUAAAAAUACUUAAGAGUCUUACCUGUGGAUGAUUAUCUCACUAGAAAAGCCAAGAGAAUCAAAUGGAAUACUAUAAGAAUUCAUAACAUUUCAGUAGGUUAACCAGAUACAAAAUAAAUAUUUCUUUUAAAAAUCCUCAUCUGAGGAUGUAUUUCCAUUGAUUUCUGGAGAGAGGUAUCAAUUGGUUGCCUCCUGUAUGCAUUCCAACCAGGGAUGGAACCCACAACCUACACAUGUGCCCUGACAGAGAAUUAAACCAGCAACUUUUUGGCACACUGAAUGACAUUCCAAUCUACUGAGCCAUGUGGCCAGGGCAAAAUAAAUAUUUCUUAUAAAAGCAACAACAAAGUUAUAAGGAGCUCUAAGGGUAGAAAUUAUAUUUCAAAUAGAAUAUUUCUUGUAGUUGUUAAAGGUCAGAAUGUAUGUGAGGAAAACUAGGAGUCUUUUGAAAGCAUUUAAAUAAACUUAAAAAUACCAUAUUUUCAUACA